GCGGGGCUACAACCUGUCUAUAUGAGCUGGGUUUUUGCUUGUUUUUUUUUCUCCACGAACACAUUAAUUUUUCAGAGUAGGACUGGGCGAGGACAGUAAAUGAACAUGUCUAAGAAGAAAGAGGACACCUGUGGAGGAAAUGUUGCCAAAGACAGCAGCCCAGCCACCGACAGUGCGGCAGCUUACACCCAGAACUUAACCGAGACGGAUUAUUUCCUCACAAGCUCGGUAGCUUUGGAUCCUGCAGAGGAGUACAGGAUGGGCCACAAGCGGCGAGGCCUUGCCCUCGUCUUCAAUCAGGAGCAAUUCUUCUGGCGCCUGGGGUUAGGCAUCAGAAGUGGAACCAAUGCUGACCGCUACAACUUGGAGAAAAGACUGCGGGAGCUAAAUUUUGAUGUCCGAUGUCACGAUAACCUCAAGCAGGAGGACGUUCUAAAUAAAAUCUCUGAAGCUGCUGAGGACGACCAUUCGGAUGCUGACUGCUUUCUGCUCGUUUUCCUGAGCCAUGGCGAGAAAGAUCAUGUUUACGCCCACGACGGCAAGAUCGACAUCCAACAUAUCCAAUCCAUGUUCAAAGGAGACAAGUGCAAGAGCCUUGCAGGAAAACCAAAGAUCUUUAUAAUACAGGCUUGCCGUGGGGACAAACACGAUGAUCCGGUGUACGCCUGCGACGCAGUGGACAGCGAGACAAACGAGGUGGUGGUGGACUCCAGCGCCGUGCACACCCUCCCUGCAGGAGCUGAUUUCAUCAUGUGCUAUUCGGUGGCUGAGGGUUACUAUUCCCACCGCGAGACCAUCAACGGCUCCUGGUACAUCCAGGAUUUGUGUGCGAUGUUUCAGAAGCACGGGGAUUCCCUCGAGUUCACAGAGUUGCUCACGCUGGUCAACAGAAAGGUGUCGAUGAGGAGCGUCGGGAACUGCUCGGACCCUCGUGCUAUUGGGAAGAAGCAGGUGCCGUGUUUCGCUUCAAUGCUCACCAAGAAACUCUACUUCCGGUCAAAGAAGUAACACCGUCGGUCCUCAGGCGGUUCCACGAGAUGAUUUUAUACCAACUCCCAAAGAGUAACCACCAACUGAGCAGAACAAAUGGCUCUCUUCUUUUCUGUCUACCAGCAAUGAACAUUUUGAUUUACAUUAGCACUUAAAUAUCCUCUCAUUGACAUCCAUCACAUUUUCAGUGAGAAAAUGUUUUUUAAAUUACUGGAAGAACCUUCAAUCAUUUUCUGUUCAGAAUCUUUUAGUUUUCUCUCAAUUCCUUGCAUCAUUUGAAGAGGCAAAAUUCACUUAGUUUUGAUUUUGGAUAAGUCAAUCACAUUUAAGCAAUAAUGAAGAUUUAUUUUCUGUAAUGAAGUUCACUACAAAUCAUUUUAAUGGGUUGGCUCCACAUCUAAUAUUUUUUUUUACACAAAUGGCAGGUAUCCAACGCCUCACCGUGUCGCUCACACAGCAGUGGGCGUUUCUGACGUGCCUUCGCCGUACAUGUUAAUGAAAGAUUGGUACCCAAGGAAGUCACAUGCUUUGAAACGGUAAACUUAAACUUCCCUCAGUGCUGCUACCGCGAUGUAACACAUUAUCACCCGAUUUAAAAGUAACGGGGCAGUAACGCUGUUGAUGCUGCCAACACAGACGGGUCCCACUUAACUGCCUACGGGAUACAGUAACUGCACAUCAGUAUUCUGUGUAAUUCUCCAGUCUUUCCACAAAAUCUUUAUAUCAUGCAUCACCACGUACUGUAGUGUAUAACUUGUGCUCCACAAAAGCCAAAACUACUGUACUUCAGUUAUUUUAGUGGCUUUUUCUUGUUGUUGUCUAGCCCCCGUGGAUCAUAAAACAUUUUGCACUUUUAAGAAAUUGCUUUUGCUGUAAAACUAUUAGGGACAACAUUGUUUAUUCAGUUUAAAUGACUAUGGUAACAGAAAACGACACAUCUUAGUUUUUCCUAAUGAGCCAAGAGGAUAGCCAGACUUCCCAUUUGCACUGGCGCCGUACAGAGAAGCCUUCCACUGAUGAAACAGGGAUUUUUAUUUCUUUCCUUUUUCUUCUUUUGGUUUUUGUUGCGGGCUCGUCUUUGAGCCAGAUAAUCAUAUUCACACUAAUCUUGCAGGGCAUGCAGUGGCAUGACAACCACAAAAGGGUGCUUUGAGCAUUUAUGUUUACAGAGUUUUGCUCUCUUCUUUCUCAUUGUAAACACCAGGGAUCCAUUACAUGUAGUUCAUAAACGACACUGUGACUCUUGCUUGUAGCUUGCUCCUUAAAAGAAAAGGGAAUUCAUGUAUGUGCUGUUCAGUACAUUUGAAAAUGCACAUUUGCACCUAAAAUUACAACAAACAUUUGUGUGAAAGGACCUCAGGGUGUCUUGGUUUUUUUCUUUUCCUUUCUUCUUAAAAGCUGUAGUUUGGACCAAAAUCACUUCCAUCUGUGUCAAGAUAAAUUAAGCUAUCAAUGUACAUGCAGGUCCUGUAUUUUUGUAAUCAAAGUCUUAGGAGUUUGUGUCAUACUUUGGUAACUGGUUUGCUCUCAAAUUUUAGAUGAAAAUAAUUAAAUAAAAAACAUCCUUUUUAUGGCAAA